ACCUUUGAACGAAGAAGAAAAGAGAAGGCGGCGGCACUGACGCUGUGCGUGCGUCAGAGCGUGAUAUCCCUCCGCAGUAGAGAAGCGCGCGGUCCUUUCCCUCGCGAUGCGGUGAAACUGAAGACGUUUCUUCGUGCGAGACGGCCGUUAACAUUUCCCGCUCCAUCCGAAGGAAACCCGCCUAGCGAGCACGGGAGAAACCUCCGCCGCAGCACCGACCGAACUCCACCUGCGGCCGGUACUAACUGAGCUCCGUGGAGGAAAUCCAACCCGCCGAGGGCGCUGAACCUGACCCGAGCGGAGCGAGCGGCAGCCGGCACUCGAAAUGGAGCUCAUCACUAUUUUGGAAAAAACUGUUUCUCCAGAUCGCAAUGAGCUGGAGGCGGCGCAGAAGUUUCUGGAGCAGGCUGCGAUAGAGAACCUGCCCACGUUCCUGGUGGAACUCUCCAAAGUGUUGGCCAACCCGGGAAACACUCAAGUAGCCCGGGUCGCCGCGGGUCUGCAGGUGAAGAACUCCUUGACCUCCAAAGAUCCGGACGUCAAGACACAGUAUCAGCAGAGAUGGCUGGCCAUCGACGGCAACGCUCGCCGCGAGAUCAAGAACUACGUUCUACAGACUCUAGGCACAGAGACGUACCGGCCUAGCUCGGCCUCGCAGUGUGUCGCCGGCAUCGCCUGUGCCGAAAUCCCCGUAAACCAGUGGCCCGAGCUGAUCCCACAGCUGGUGGCCAACGUCACAGACCCGUCCAGCACCGAACACAUGAAGGAGUCCACGCUGGAGGCCAUCGGCUACAUUUGCCAGGACAUAGAUCCAGAGCAGCUGCAGGAUAACGCCAACCAGAUCCUGACGGCCAUCAUCCAAGGCAUGAGGAAGGAGGAGCCCAGCAACAAUGUGAAGCUGGCCGCCACCAACGCUCUGCUCAACUCGCUGGAGUUCACCAAAGCCAACUUCGACAAGGAGACAGAGAGACACUUCAUCAUGCAGGUGGUCUGUGAGGCGACCCAGUGUCCCGACACCCGGGUGCGUGUGGCAGCGCUGCAGAACCUGGUGAAGAUCAUGUCUCUGUAUUACCAGUACAUGGAGACGUACAUGGGCCCGGCUCUCUUCGCGAUCACCAUCGAGGCGAUGAAGAGCGACAUCGAUGAGGUGGCUCUGCAGGGCAUCGAGUUCUGGUCCAACGUCUGCGACGAGGAAAUGGACCUGGCCAUCGAGGCCUCAGAGGCCUCGGAGCAGGGACGGCCCCCUGAACACACCAGUAAAUUCUAUGCCAAAGGAGCGCUACAGUACCUGGUCCCAAUCCUGACCCAGACCCUGACCAAGCAGGAUGAGAACGACGAUGAUGACGACUGGAACCCCUGUAAGGCUGCAGGCGUGUGUCUGAUGCUGCUGGCCACGUGCUGUGAGGACGACGUGGUUCCUCACGUUCUGCCUUUCAUCAAGGAGAACAUCAAACACCCUGACUGGCGCUACCGCGACGCCUCCGUCAUGGCCUUCGGCUCCAUCCUGGAGGGCCCGGACCUGAACCAGCUCAAACCGCUCGUCAUCCAGGCCAUGCCCACCCUGAUCGAGCUGAUGAAGGACCCCAGCGUGGUGGUGAGGGACACCACGGCCUGGACUGUGGGCCGGAUCUGCGAGCUGCUGCCUGAGGCCGCCAUUAACGAGGUCUACCUGGCCCCCUUGCUGCAGUGUCUGAUUGAGGGCCUGGGGGCCGAGCCCCGGGUGGCCUCCAACGUGUGCUGGGCCUUCUCGUCCCUGGCCGAGGCGGCGUACGAAGCCACGGACACCGCUGAGGACCUGGAGGGGCCCAGCACCUACUGCCUGUCCUCGUCCUUCGAAAUCAUCGUCCAGAAGCUCCUGGAGACCACGGACAGGCCUGAUGGACACCAGAACAACCUGCGGUCCGCUGCCUACGAGGCUCUCAUGGAGAUUGUGAAGAACAGCGCCAAGGACUGCUACCCUGCAGUCCAGAAAACCACUCUAGUCAUCAUGGAGAGGCUGCAGCAGGUCCUGCAGAUGGAGUCUCACAUCCAGAGCACGUCGGACAGGAUCCAGUUCAACGACCUGCAGUCGCUGCUGUGUGCCACUCUGCAGAACGUUCUCCGGAAGGUUCAGCACCAGGACGCCCUGCAGAUCUCUGACGUGGUGAUGGCGUCGCUGCUGAGGAUGUUCCAGAGCACCGCCGGCUCCGGCAGCGUCCAGGAGGAUGCCCUAAUGGCCGUGUCCACGCUGGUCGAAGUUCUGGGCGGAGACUUCCAGAAAUACAUGGACGCCUUCAAGCCAUUCCUGGGCAUCGGACUGAAGAACUACGCCGAGUAUCAGGUGUGCCUGGCGGCUGUGGGUCUGGUAUGCGACCUGUGCCGGGCGCUGCAGUCCAACAUGCUGCCGUACUGUGACGAGAUCAUGCAGCUGCUGCUGGAGAACCUGGGGAACGAGAACGUGCACCGCUCUGUGAAGCCUCAGAUCCUGUCCGUGUUCGGGGACAUCGCUCUGGCCAUCGGAGGAGAGUUCAAGAAGUACCUGGACAUCGUCCUGGACACCUUGCAGCAGGCCUCGCAGGCGCAGGUGGACAAGACGGACUACGACAUGGUGGACUACCUGAACGAGCUGAGGGAGGGCUGCCUGGAGGCCUACACCGGGAUCAUCCAGGGCUUGAAGGGGGACCAGGAGAACGUCCACCCGGACGUCAUGCUGGUCCAGCCUCGCGUGGAGUUCAUCCUGUCCUUCAUCCAACACAUCGCCGAGGACGAGGACCGCUACGAUGGUGUGGUGGCCAACGCCGCCGGCCUCAUUGGUGACUUGUGCGCAGCGUUCGGCAAAGACGUGAUGAAGCUGGUGGACGCGCAUCCACUCAUCAACGACCUUCUGACAGAGGGCCGGCGGUCCAAGACCUCCAAGACCAAGAUGUUGGCCACCUGGGCCACCAAGGAGCUGCGCAAGCUCAAGAGCCAAGCCUGAUGGGGCCGGCAGCGCUGUGAGCUCCUGGACUGAACUCUUCUGUUCGCUGCAGCGUUUGCUGAAGCAGAAGACAUGACGUGAGAUGAGUGUCUGUGUGUGAGAGCGCGAGAGAUGAUGAUGAUGAUGAAGAUGAUGACAUCACACCACCUUCAGUUCCUGCUGGCGACGCCCCUUCUCCUCCUCCUUCUGGACAGCCUGUGGACUGGACUCUGACUCCCCCUUUAGGACACAACCCUCCCUCCCCCUCCUGCAGCGUGUUGCCAUGCAGCUGGCCCCUCCUCUGACAUCACGAUGAUGUCACUGCCCCGCCCACCAGGGUAGGAGGGGACAAACCUUAAAGACUUUUGUGGAAUCAGAUUAACAAGCGACUCUUUGGACUUCUUCAGUAGAUUUUUGUUGCUCUUAUUUUUCUUCUUCUGAGCACUAAAAACGGCGAAGGAGACGCGCCAGACGGACGGUGCCUCACAGGCUCCGCCUCCGGCUCUUAACCAGCAGCACCGACCCUUUCGGGUUAAAAGCUGGGUGCUGAGGAGCGAGUGCCAAAAAGAAAAGGUUUAUCUGAGUCCGUGGGCUUGGCGCUGCGAGCCGCUUCGGGUCGGUUUCCCUGCUGCACUCGGGUUGGGAAACGGGUCACUCACCAUUUUUGAUUGUUUCAGAUUUCAGAGAAUUGAAGACGUUUGUAAAAGGUUAUAUUUUUCCAUUGCUAUGAUGAAAAGAAAAAAAAUACUGAAGCUGAAAACAAUAAAGUGAAAUGAAACAUUCCCCGAGCAGUUCUGGUGAUUCUGUUGGACUUCUGGACUCAAAC